AUGGAACAACUACCAGUGAAGCUCAAGGAGAAGUUACAUUCCAAAAGAUUUUUACUUGUCUUAGAUGAUGCUUGGGAUGACAAUAACCAGAUAGAGUGGGAGAAACUAUGUGCUCCAUUGCUAUAUGGCCAAAAGGGUAGUUGGAUAAUAUUAACAACUAGAUUGAUAUCAGUUGCGAAGAUGGUCUCAAAAGUAAUGAGAGGAGUCACAAUGGAGCCAAUGAUGUUGCAGGGCUUAUCAAAUGAUGAAUGUCGUUCACUCCUCUAUGAGCAUGCAUUUGUUGGUCAAGACCCAAAUAGAUUCCCACUCCUUAAAGAAAUUGGAGAAGAAAUAGUAGAGAAAUUGAAAGGUGUACCACUUCUAGCAAAGUCAAUUGGAGGAGUGUUGAACAGUAGACUAGAAGUAGAUCACUGGACGAGCAUUUCAAGAAGUGAAUUAUGGAAAAUGCCACAAGAUUCAAAGUACGAUUUCAUUCCAUCUCUAACACUCAGUUACAUGAUGCUUCCACCACGUUUGAAGCGGUGCUUUUCCUACUGCGGCAUAUUUCCUCAAGAUUACAAAUUCAAUAAGCAAAAGCUAGUGUGCAUGUGGGUGGCCGCAGGCCUAAUUUACUCGGAUGGAUUAGAGGAGGGCUCAGAUGAGGACAUAGCUAACUGCUGCUUUGAUAUGUUGUGCAAUAAAUCUUUCUUUGAUAUUCAUACCUACAUUUGGAGAUCAAUUUAG